AUGAUUGUUCUUCUUGAUAUCCUCUCACCAGUCAAGAACAUUCCUUGUAGUGGAUCGAUUCUAAACGAUUAUUUCAUCCUGACGGCUGCCCGUUGUGUUGAAAAACUUAUCCCAUUGCAUAUUACAAUUAAGGCUGGUAUUCAUUAUUCAUUUGAUCAAAAUGCAACUACUCGUGACGUAGAUCGUAUCUAUCUCCAUCCUCAAUAUAAAGGUCACACUGAUGGAUAUGCUAAUGAUAUAGCACUCUUGGAAUUAAGUGAGUCGUUGAAUUUAAAUGAUAACUCCUUUAUUACUCCAACAUGUAUACCUAAACUAAAUGCAUCAAUAAAUAUAUCACAAUAUCCAAAAAAUACUACCCGAUUAGCUGUAAUGGGUUGGAAUUCAAUAAAACAAGGUAGUGUUGAUAUAUUUCAGGCUCUCCAACAAGGGGAAAUCUUCGCUAUUGAUAAUAAUGAUCCAAUGUGUCUUCGUUCAUUGAUUGAUCCAGAAAAACAAUUCUGUGUUGGAUCCUUAAAAGAUGGUAGAGAUCCAUGUUAUGGCGAUACGGGUGGACCGAUCUUACAAUGGAUGGAUAACCGAUGGGAACAGGUAGGCAUAGCAAGUUAUUCUAGAUGUGGAAUUCCAGGUUAUCCAAGUAUCUAUACUCGUCUAGCGUACUAUAUCAAUUGGAUAAAUUCUAUUAUAAUAACUCAUAAUGAAUCAUUGUAUACAACAACAACUCGAAGUCCUCCAGUAACUUAUAAUUGUGAUAGAAACAAUGUAACAUGUGGUUGUGGUUAUCGUCCUGUUCAAAUUUCAACUUCGAGAAUCAUUGGUGGUGAAAACGCUAUUCCAAAUAGUUGGUCAAUGAUUGUAUCCAUACGAGGAAAAUUAUCAAAUAGUGACAUUAAUGGAAAACAUAUUUGUGGUGGUACUAUAAUUAAUGAAUGGUACAUUAUUACAGCAGCUCAUUGUGUAGAUCAAACAUCUUUAAUUGCAUAUUCAAAUAUAACUGUUUCAAUUGGACUUUAUAAUCAAUCAGAGUUAAAUCAUAAGCUUCGAUCAAUCCAACGUAUCAUAUUACAUCCAUUAUGGAGACAAGGAAAACAAUUUUCAAAUGAUAUUGCUCUGCUUCAUUUAUCAGAAGCACUUGAUUUUCAAACAAAUCCAUUUAUAACUCAAACAUGUCGACUAAGACCAAUGAAUUCAGUAGAAUACAUAACUAAUUAUCCAUUAAAUGGUACUGUUUUAGCAACUAUUGGAUGGGGCCAAUUAGAUGAUGGAACAUUUCCAGACAUGUUGCAACAAGUUAAUCUUUAUUCGAUGCAUUACAAUGAUUCAGCAUGUGCACAGGUAAUCUAUGAUUAUGACGUGCAAUUUUGUGCAGGUGUUUAUGCUGGUCGUAAAAGUGUAUGUGUCGGUGAUUCAGGUGGACCAAUAUUUCAAUGGAUUGGUAAUCGAUGGGAACAAGUUGGAAUAACAUCAUACUUUCCAAAUAAAUGUACAAGACGUGGUUAUCCAGCAGUUUUUACACGAUUAGCUUCGUAUUAUGAUUGGAUUGAAUGGAAUAUUAAUCCAUAUAAUUAUACAACAUUAACAUCAACGCCAACAUCAUCAUCAACAAUAAUUACCAGCCAAACUUCAUCAUUAGUCACAAUCACAAGCACAACUGAAAGACCUUCUAUCAGAUAUCGAUGUAAUAGGACUAUAUCAUGCGGCUGUGGAUUAAUUGAUGUUUUGUUCAUUUCAUCGGAAAUUGUUGAUAGUUUCGAUGCUCGAGCAUUUAGUUGGACAAUGAUUGUUUCUAUUCGUUUCAAUGAUACAGAUCAACAUUCAUGCACUGGAACAGUUCUUGCUGACCAAUAUAUUCUUACCUCUGCUCGUUGUGUACAAAAUCAAUCAUUAUGGAAAAUAAUAGUUGCAUCAGGAGUUUAUCGUUUAUCAAAUGUACCUUCAAGAACUUAUCAAGUUGAUCGAAUUCAUCAACAUCCUCAUUUUAGAAAGCGAAGAAACUAUUUUGAAAAUGAUAUAGCACUGUUACAUUUAACUAAACCAAUAAACACUGGAAUUUCUAGACUUUAUACUCGAGCAUGUGUACCUAAAAUAAAUUCUCUUGUGGAUAUAUCACAAUAUCCUUCAAAUAAGACACAAUUAGCAAUAAUUGGAUGGAAAAUAACAAAAGAAAAUCAAAGUUAUUUAUCGAAUACUCUUCAACAAGCUGAAAUAGUUGUUAUUGAUAACAAAGACCCCAUGUGUUUAAAAUCAAAUGUAGAUUCAAAUAAACAAUUCUGUGCUGAAUUCAAACACAAUAAAAACAAUUCCUGUCCAAGCGAUUCGGGAGCACCUAUAUUUAAAUGGAUGGAUGGAUAUUGGGAUCAGGUGGGAAUUAUCAGUUCUGAUCGAUGCGAGGUCAAUUAUCAAACAAAUAUCUAUACUCGACUUGCUUAUUAUUAUGAUUGGAUGACAUCCAUACUUAAUUAUGAUAAUGUAACAAUGGCCACAAUAACACAAUUAAAUGCUACUAAAGUUCCAAUAAUUUAUGAUUGUAGUAAGAAAAAAGUCAACUGUGGUUGUGGAUAUACGAAUGUCGAAUUAAUUCAAUCUCGUAUUAUUGGUGGUGGAAAUGCUGUCGAAGCAAGUUGGACAAUGUUUGUUUCUCUACGUAUUUUAAAUAGUAAUAAACAUUUAUGUGGUGGAACACUUCUAUCAGAAUCAUAUAUUCUAACUGCUGCUCAUUGUGUUCAAUCAUUUUCAUUAAUAGAUCCGUUCGAUCUAACCAUUGUUGCAGGAAUUACUAAUCGUUCUGAUGCAUCUCGAUAUAUUGGACAUGUCCGUCGAAUUUAUAUACAUCCAAACUUUACAAAUCAAGGUAAUAGAUUUAUAAAUGAUAUAGCCAUAUUAGAACUUUAUGAUCCAUUUUUAAUUGAUUCAAAUCUGUUAUUAAGUCGAACAUGUGUUCCUCAUAUAAGUUCAUCUAUAUUAAAUAAUCAAUAUCCGAUAAAUGGUACAAGAUUGGUUAUUAUUGGAUGGGGAACAAUUGAAUAUGAACCAUAUGUUGAACCUGAUAUUUUACAACAAUUAGAAAUAUUUGCAAAUGAUAAUAAUCAUUCAAUGUGUUCGAAUUUACUUAAUAAUGUUCAAAGUCAAUUUUGUGCAGGAGUUUAUCAAGAAAGAAAAGGACCAUGUCAAGGAGAUUCUGGUGGAGCAAUAUUUCAAUGGACAGGAGAAUAUUGGCAACAAAUUGGUAUCAUAUCUAGUGAUUUUACUUGUGAAAAUAGUACUGUUCCAAAUAUUUAUACUCGUUUAUCUUAUUAUCGAUCUUGGAUGGAUAUAAUUGUUAGUAAGACUGGUGAACAUCUCGAACCAACUCAUUCGAUAUUUAAUACUACAACAAUAAGAACAACAAUGUUCUCAUCUUGGCACAAUACAAAUAGUACACAAACAUCAAUUGAAAAAAUUACUUAUGAAUGUGAUCGAAAUUCUAAGUUAUGUGGAUGUUCAUUAAGUAAUGUUGUAUUAUCUAAUUAUAAUCAAAAUGAAUUUGUAUCGAAUAUAAUUCCUAGUGAAAAUAUUUAUCCAUUUAGUUGGACAAUGAUUGUGUCGAUAAGAAUCUAUGGUUAUGAACAUAUAUGUAGUGGAACAAUUUUAUCAGAUUUAUUAAUUUUAACUGCAGCUCAUUGUUUUGAUCGAAUAGAUAAUUAUAGAAAUAUUGAAAUAUUUGCUGGUAUGGAUAGUCUGUCUUCAAUGGCUGGAACAAAACGAAAAAUUCAUAAGAUUUAUAUUCAUGAAAAUUAUUCAUAUAAUAAAAAUUAUUUUCAUGAUAUUGCAAUUAUUCAAGUUGAUCAACCAUUUGAACUUAACAGUCAACCUAUAUUUAGUAGAGCAUGUCUACCCAAUCGACAUAUAAUAACAAAUGAAUAUCUAUCAAAAGAUUCAAAAUUAAUUGUCGUUGGUUGGAAAUCAUCAAUAUUAAAUAAUGAUAUGUCAAAUAUACUUCAACAAAUUCCAGUUAAAUUAGUUGAUAAUCAAAAUGUAUCAUGUUCAAAAUUAAUUCAAAAUAAUGCAUAUCAAUUUUGUGCAGGAUUAAUUCAAAAUGGCAAAAUUCCAUGUCAAGGUGAUUCAGGUGGACCAAUUUUCGUUUAUAGAAAUACUCAUUGGGAACAAGUUGGUAUUGUUUCUUAUGGAGACGGAUGUUCUGUAAGUGGAUAUCCAAAAGUAUAUACAAAACUUUCGGCUUAUGUUGAUUGGAUAAACAAAUUUUUUAAUGAGACAUCAUUUCCUAUUCGACCAUUAACAACACCAAGUACAAAUGGUUCUUUCAAAUAUCAAUGGAAUAUAAUUUUUUUUAAAAUAAUCAUUUGCAUUAUUUUAAUUUUAAUUAAUUAA